AUGGAGGAAAUCGACGACUACCGAAUCCUGCGCGUUACGUGGUUGUCUCAUCCCGAAACCUCAACCCGUGGUGACCGCUUCCGCAGAGCCCAAAUAGAUGUGGACCGAUUUCACCUUAAAAAGUGUUGCGAUGCACUCGGAGAACCAUUGGCUCAACUCUUCAACACUUCGCUUGCUACUGGAGUUUUCCCGUGUUGCUGGAAGAAGUCCUUUGUUUUCCCAGUCCACAAGAAGGGCCCAAAACGUGAUGUCCGGAACUAUCGCAGAAUUGCUGCCCUCUGCGCAGUCAGCAAGCUGUUCGAAGUAAUCGUGCUGGAUUUCAUUAAGUUCAACUGCUGUGACUAUGUCGCCCUGGAACAGCACGGCUUCAUGGCGAAACGUUCCACCAACUCCAACUUGGUCUCCUACUCGUCCUUCAUUCUUCGAACCAUGCAGCAACGGAAGCAGAUCGAUGCCAUCUAUACGGACCUUUCAGCGGCUUCCGACAAGCUGAACCACCGCAUUGCCGUUGCGAAACUGGAACGCCUAGGCUUUGGAGGGCCCAUGCUCGAUUGGCUACGCUCCUAUCACACUGGUCGUGAAAUGAGCGUAUAACAAAUAAUUGUUCUUUCUUGAUUUAAUUGCCCAAACACGGUGAAAUUAGUUUUUCAUCACUUUUAUUUCUCCCCCGUUUACACAAAACGUCCUUUUCUCAAGGCCUACUUCCCCUUCUUCACCUCACCCUCUUCUUCAUCUUACUUCUUCCGCGCCGCCGCUCAACCUCGUGGCUG